UAUUUAUAUCAACUAGGUCCCAGUGCCACCUGGGACAAUGGUCUCCAGUCAGAUCCAGGUCACAGCAAGCAGGACCAUUCUUCGAUUCUGCAGUCCAGUCCAUCUGUCACUCGAGCGUGCCUCACGGACGGACAGACGUACUGCAACCGCACCGAUUCACCCGUUGGCAUCACACACAGACUUCGCCGUGCAGACUGCGAUUCGCCGCCUGAACCAUGACUUUUACGGACCAUGAGCCAGCCUUCGUCCCCUGCUGUCACCCAGUAAGCUACUGAAACACCAGCCCUAUUAUCCAGCACGAUUGGUGCCUUAUUGCCAUCAUCCUAUUAUACCAGCAAAUCCCAAACAUCAUCUGUCUGCGAAACACUCCACGGGGGGCUUUCAUCAGCGGCGAACGGGCUCUUCCUCCCAGAUGAUGCGCACAGACAGCAAAGGCCGAAGUGCCUCCCCUCACAGGAUCACCUACAAGUCUGACUUCCACGCCAUCAAGUGCUCCUUUGACACCGGUGCAAGUCUACAACCGGGGACCGCCGCCACCGCCGCCUGUUGCUCCCCUGGGCCCGUGAACACUUUGCCAUCCAGCCUGUCACAUUCCAAUAUGUCACACGCCAGCGUCAGCAGAGGGAGGCUUCACGGCACCAGAGGGGCCAAGAUUAGGAACAACAUCUUCCUCCAAAUGGACAGCCAGCAGCUGAGACAGGAUAGGAGCCCACGCCUGAGUUCUGGCGCCACACGUUGCCUCUCUCCCCAAAAUCCCAGCCUGCACCUCCAAACGUCCCCUUUCUCUACAUCCAGGCAUUCAGUUUCAGGGUCCCCCUCUCUACUGGCCACUGUGGCUGGCACUUCUACUCCAGAAUCCUCCCUGCAAAAUAAGCCUUCCAGACCAGAGGAGAUAAGGGAUAUAGACAGAGCCGCCCUGGCUCAGAAGUUCUCCGUGACGCGCAGUCUGUUCGAGACCAAGAUGGAGGUUGACGGUGGUGGAGGUCCGGUUUCAAAAGCGGCGACCAGCAGGGGACACAGGGAGAAAGCAGAUGGCAAUGAAGAAUGUGAUGGGAAAGGAGGAGGCAACCGUGCGGAAAACAAGGACGAGGGAAGCGGGACAGGAAAGUUUGCAGCAAUUGAUAACUUUUAUAAAGACAAUUUUAUAAACUCUCCUCUCAUCAAUUUUAAAUUGCUGAGUCCAUCGGCUCCGGCAUCACUGACGAGCCUCCCUAAGGUUCCUGUAUCAGAUGGCCCAUGUGAGGCCUCCAACAAAUCUGUCAAUCUAGACAAGCAGGGUCAAACCACUGGAACGCAGGAACACGGAAAUCUUGGCCUCUGCUUGACCCCUGAGCAGCCGGUGAGAGCAGAGCUUGUCAACAUAAAGAACGAGUCCUCAGAGAGUGACGAGAAUGAGGAGGAAAAGGGACAGAAAGAGAAUAAAAACUGGCUCGAGGAUCAAAGAGACACGGACAUGAACAGUGUGGAGGCUCUGGUGGAUGAUGUUUUUGAAGAAAUGGAAACAAUACCUCACAUUUAUACAUUUGAAGAAAUGGAGAAAGUAAGGGUAGGAGCAGACCAGCAUGUUCUUCUCAUGGUGUCGUGUGACGGAGAGACUAAAGGUGACACUGAAAGAGGAACUGAAGUGAAUGAGCAGGAUGAGGAUGAAAGGAAGGAGCAGAACAAACUGUUUGAUGGAUGUGAUGAGAAGUCAAAAGAAAGGUGUGAGGAAAAGGCAGACGUAGUAGCAGGAGAUGGGGCCGAAUGGAAGGAGAGCGGUGUAACGCAUAAGGAUGUUGACAAAGCACAGGCUGAUAAAGAAAGAGAGGAAGUACGUGCCGGCGAGGCCUCUCGUGUGGUCUGUGGAGGUAGAGGGGACGACACAGAACCCACCACAGUCUGCGGAAUAGAGAACAAGGCUUUUGUGUAUGAUCAGGGGUCUCGGGCUCAUCCGGAGCCUUCGCCAACACGUGGCUCGGAAAGCCCUGUGCACGCGGGAAGUCUGCUCCUAUCGGAAUACGAGGAAAUCCCCGGCAUUCCUGAUGAGGGUGACGAGGACGCGUCAGGUCCGACCAGGAGGAAGGUCCGGUUCUCCUCAGCACCCAUCAAGGUGUACAGCACCUACUGCAACGCAGAGUACGACAGACACAACGAGGAUAUCGACCCGGUGUCGGCCUCGGCCGAGUACGAGCUGGAGAAGAGAGUGGACAGGAUGGACGUCCUUCCAGUGGAGAUAGUAAAGGGUCUGUGUCCUUGUUUCCCUGCUCAUUUUCGGUGCUUCUGCAUAAUCUCGAAAACAAUCCCAGAUGACAUCAUUCAGGGGAGUAUAGGCUUUAAGAUUAAGUGGAGCUAUGUGUGUGGGGAAAAUAUACCAAUAGGUAAAAAUGUGUGCGUUGUAGGUGAAGAUGGCCUCGGCAUCAGCAUCAUAGGAAUGGGAGUAGGGGCUGAUCAGGGACUGGAAAAACUGGGAAUCUUUGUCAAGACGAUCACGGAAGGAGGAGCGACGCAUAAGGAUGGAAGGAUUCAGGUGAAUGACCAGAUCGUGGAGGUGGAUGGCGUGAGUUUGGUCGGAGUCUCCCAGCUGUUCGCGGCCACGGUCCUCAAGAACACGUCGGGCCUCGUCAAGUUUCUGAUUGGCCGAGAGAAGGAGGGCGUGGAGAGUGAGGUGGCACGACUCAUCAAUGAAAGCUUGGAAAUGGACAAGUCUGUGAAGAAGGGAAGAACUGGUGAGGAUGAAGACAAUGAGGGUAAUGCAUCUGGGAGAGACACUGAAGAAGAGGAGGAAGAUGAUGAUGAAGAGGCAGAGGUGUCUGUUCUUUCCAGUCUGGACAGCUACCAGAUCUGCCUCAAAUAUCAGCAGCUCCAGUCUAAAUUACGCAGCAGAACAGCCCACCUUCGCCGCACGAAGGAAAAGUUGAAGGCGUGGGAGAAGCAGCAUGCGUCCUGGGAGAGCCAGAAGACGGAGCUGGAGCAGAGAGCAGAGGACGGAGAGGAGAAAGCCGAAAAACUAGAGAAGUAUUGGCAGGAGGCCCAGACCCUUUGCAGGGUUGUGAGCCAGAGACUGGCUGAUGCCCAGAGUCAGUCAGAAAGCCUGGAGAUCAAAUACAAUAAGGCCAAGAGGCUGGUUAGAGAAUACCAGAGCAGAGGGGAUGAGAGUGAGAAGAGAGAAGCUGAGCUGGUGAGAGAAAUGGAGGAAAGGGACAAGCGGCACAGAGAGACUGUUGAAAGGUUGAAAAUGCAGAUUGCACAGCUACAGGGGAACCAGUCUGUAGCUGAAAGAACAACGCACUCGGAGGACUCGUCGGUCACCGAUUGGUAUAUUCCAGUCCCUGAUACAGGACGUCUAGACUCCAGCGCUCACAUAGCCCGAGCUCAGCUGGCCCAGAAGUCCAAACGGCACCCGCCCUCACGAGACAAGCUUCGAGAGAGCUUCAGAAAGGCGGACGAUGAGCUUCAGAAGCCACAGGAGAACCAGACGUUGCCUGUUCCUGCUGCGGAACAGAGGAGCGGUAGAGGUGACCUCUCCAGCACUUCCUCGUUUUCGGCCCUCAGUCCUCAGCCUGUGGGCGGCUCCGUCUUCACGCCUCCCAUCUACAUCACGGAUACGGUCACUCCUUCGCCGUGCAAAUCCUCUGUUUCCAGGAAAUCCAAAAGGAAGUUCCCUGACUUCAGUGGUCUUCGCAAGUCUCUCAGCAAAAGGAGAAGUGAGAAACAAAGUAGAAGAUCAAUAAGCAACAGGGGGUCGUAUGGUGAUUUGGUGGAUGAGCCUGCUGACGCUUCUCCAACUGGUUCGGUCACUUCCAUGCCCUCUUGCCUGCCCUUCCCCUGGUUCGGAGGAAGAGAGAAAGAGGAGAUCGAGCGAGGCCGGGAGAGGCUUCGCUCUGUGUCCAGCAGCAGUUUGCCGUAUCUCACCACCACGGGCAGGAGGGAUCAGAGCAUUGGUUCUCCAGUGGACAGCUCCAGCAUGGUGGGUCAUGUCUCUGAUCACUCCCUCUCUGGACAUUCUUACACUUUCACCUUUUCCUCCACUGAGACCUUGGACGAUGACCCAGUUCCCACCAAUAACAACAAUCAGUGGCAAGGUCGACCGGUCCUGGAGUGGAGCAACCAGCAGGUGUGUCUGUGGUUAGUCACCAUGAACAUGGACCAGUACGCCUCAGAAUUUGCUGCCAGAGGUGUGGACGGGACACAGCUGCUCAACCUGGACAGCGAGAAACUCAAGGCUCUGGGUGUGUGCAGUCAAAGUGACCGCUCUGCCCUCAAGAAGAAGCUGAAGGAGAUGAAGAAAAGGGAGGAGAAAGAACACCGGAAAGAGGAGAAGAGGCUGAAAGAGGACAAGGAGAAGAAUGCAGUGUUGGACAAAGGGAGUGAUGAAAGAGAGGCGGAGAGGAUGGCGGUGGAGGGAAGGUCUGUGAAGGACUCCAGACGCAGUGGCAAGACGGUGAGAACGGAGUCACUCCUGUAGGGGAACGAUGUCAGUGGGACCGUACCAGCAGGAAGAAUUUGUUUUGUAGUCUCAAAUGCACAGAAAUAGACGGGAGCCAGUUUCUACUUUGCUUGUAGAAACGGCUGCAUCAUCUGCAAGCAAACUGUCGUUUACAUGUUGAUCAUUCGGAACAAAAGAAAAUGGUGGUUGGUUUUUAUUGAUUGGCUCCAGCAUUACAGUUUGCACUCGCAGCUAUUGCAUGUCUCUCAAUAUACAGUAUGUCAGAUGUAAAGUGUGAGAAUGUGUUUUUUAUUUGUCUUAAUAAUAUGCUUCUAAUUUUAGUAUUCUAUUGUGUGCCUUGAGCACUCAGGUAUUUGCUGUAAAUGCUAUUUUAUGUAUUAAUAAAUUAUGCUUUGAAUUUUC